AUGGCCGGAAAAACAUCUAAAGCUGCCACUCUAACCAUGAAGCUGCUCGUCGACACCAAGGCGCAGCGCGUGCUGUACGCGGAGGGCAGCAAGGACGUCGUCGACUUCCUCCUCUCCCUCCUCGCUGUCCCGCUCGCCGGGGUCACCAAGCUGCUCACUGCCGGCGACAUGGUCGGCUCCGUCGGCAACCUCUACGGCAGCGUCGUUGACAAGCUCGGCGCCGACUACGCCUGCCGCGGCGACGUCAAGGCCGCGCUGCUCGCGCCCACGGCCGCCCUCCGGUUGGGCUCGCCGGCGGACGCCGACAACGGCGGCGGCGCCCUUUACCGGUGCAGCGGCUGCGCCUGCUCGAGAAGCUGCUACAACUUCGUGACCAAGGUGAACGGCACGCCGUGUCCGGUGUGCAAGAGGAAGAUGGCGACCGAGGUGACGUACACGGUGAUGGAUGACCUCACCGUCGCGCCGUCGUCCACCGUCUCCGCCGUCGCCGCCCUCGUGGCGCUUGGCGUGACGGACAUCAGGGGACUGCAGGAGAAGACCGUCGAGGUCGGCUACGACGAGGGUUUGGCUGUGCUGAAGGCUUCGUUGCAGUCAAAGACAGUGCUCACUGAUGUCUUCCUCGGUGCGAGGCGGACUGCUCACCGACGUCAUCCUAUGCUGGUUUGA